AUGGCUGACGAACUCAAUGUUGACAGUCUAAUUCACAGACUUUUAGAAGUGUACAGACUGCAGCAGGAAACAGCAAGGCGAAAAGGGAAAUUGAAAGACAUCUUUUCAGGAGAAUUUCGAGGAUGCAGGCCUGGCAAGACUGUGCAGAUGUCGGAGUCAGAGGUGCGGGGCCUAUGCACCAAGUCCAGAGAAAUAUUCCUGCAACAGCCCAUACUACUGGAAUUGGAAGCACCACUCAAAAUUUGUGGUGAUAUACAUGGUCAGUACACGGAUUUACUACGUCUGUUCGAAUAUGGCGGCUUCCCUCCCGAAGCUAACUAUCUAUUCCUGGGUGAUUACGUGGAUCGCGGCAAGCAAUCCCUGGAGACCAUUUGCCUUCUGCUCGCUUACAAAAUCAAGUAUCCUGAGAACUUCUUCCUUCUCAGAGGCAAUCAUGAGUGUGCUAGCAUAAAUCGCAUUUAUGGUUUCUACGACGAAUGCAAACGCCGAUACAAUAUCAAGCUGUGGAAGACAUUCACAGAUUGCUUCAAUUGCUUGCCAAUAGCAGCUAUCAUUGAUGAAAAGAUUUUCUGCUGCCAUGGUGGCCUCUCUCCGGAUCUACAAGGCAUGGAGCAAAUCAGGCGAAUAAUGCGACCCACUGAUGUCCCCGACACAGGGCUGCUUUGCGACCUAUUAUGGUCAGAUCCAGACAAAGACGUACAGGGUUGGGGCGAGAAUGACCGCGGCGUGUCCUUCACGUUUGGUCCUGAUGUCGUCAGUAAAUUCCUCAACAGACAUGAUCUGGAUCUGAUUUGUCGGGCUCACCAGGUAGUGGAAGAUGGAUACGAGUUCUUUGCAAAGCGACAACUGGUGACACUGUUUUCUGCGCCCAACUACUGUGGAGAGUUUGACAAUGCUGGUGGCAUGAUGUCUGUUGACGAAACACUCAUGUGUUCUUUCCAGAUACUGAAACCAUCUGAGAAGAAAGCAAAAUACCAGUACAAUGGCAUAAACAGUGGGAGGCCGGCCACACCUCAACGAUCACCACCUAAGAAGAAAUAA